AUGUCGCAAGAAAACCUCAUGAAGGGUUAUCCAGCCUCGAGACCACCGACACCCAUCAUACUCCAGCACCGACAGGCAGUUAGAGACGCUACCCUCCCUUGGCGGCUUGCCACUGUUGCAUUUGCGAUUUCGACCCUGGUUCUCUUUUUGAAAUCAAUAGAGUUAUCGCCAAACACUGACUUUAAGCUGUUUGCCACAGAUUUAGGAGCACUCCAAUCUGUUAUUCGCCUGGAAGAGACGGUCUUCGAUGGCGCUUUGCUUUACAAUCAGACGGGUCAGCUCAUAAUCGAAACAUAUAAAGAUGCAAAUGUAUGGGUAGGAACGCCGACACCAGAAAUGGACCGCUUAUGGGAUCACUUGGAAUCAGCUUCCACUAUUUUAUUAGAAGGAGACGAAGCCGACUCGGUGAGAGAUGAGACAACUCUCAUUCGUGGUUAUUGGAAGGCCGGCCUGGAUGUUUUUCACCAGCUCCAUUGCUUGAACAUGCUACGGAAGCAGCUGUAUCCAGAUUAUUACACUCCCAAAGAAGAGGGUGACGUCAAUACAAUGCAUUGGGAACACUGUCUCAACUACAUCCGCCAGGCCAUCAUGUGUAAUGCAGAUGUAACGCCCGUGACAGAAACUUGGUAUGAAACGGCAGAGCUGUGGGCUCCAGACUUUAAAGUGAUGCAUACGUGCAAGAACUUUCCAGCCAUCAUGGAGUGGGCUCUGGAAAGAAGUCCCAAGGCUCGUGCCAACCAGCCCCCGGGUAAAGAGGUUGCGACCGAUGAAACUCUCGACAUGAGAGGCGAACAAUUACGAUUACAUAACGAACAUACAAAGGGUACAAGUCAUCAUAGUCAUUAA